AUGUCGAAUUUGUCAAAGCUUGAGUUUGUGGCACUUGACAUUUCUGGAAAGAAUUACCUAUCAUGGGUUCUCGAUGUUGAGAUUCACUUAGCCGCUAAAGGUCUUGGUAACACCAUUACUCAGGGUAAUGAGGCAUCAAGCCAGGACAAAGCGAAGGCCAUGAUUUUCCUUCGUCAUCACUUGGAUGAAGGUUUGAAGGUUGAAUAUUUAACAGUGAAAGAUCCACUUGAAUUGUGGACUGGCCUAAAGGAAAGGUAUGAUCACCUUAAGGCUACGGUAUUGCCAAGGGCUCGAUAUGAGUGGAUGCACUUACGGUUGCAAGAUUUUAAGACCGUAAGUGAGUAUAACUCUGCUGUAUUCCGAAUAACUUCCCAAUUAAAAUUAUGUGGGGAAGUUAUGAAUGAUGAGGAUUUGCUGGAAAAGACUCUUACGACUUUUCAUGCCUCAGAUAUGAUAUUACAGCAGCAAUACCGUGAAAGAGGUUUUAAAAAGUAUUUUGAAUUGAUCUCACGCCUUCUGGUGGCUGAGCAACAUAAUACCCUUUUGCUGAAAAAUCAUGAAGCCCGUCCCACAGGGUCAGCUUUGCUUCCUGAAGCGAAUAUGGCAGCCAGACGUGAUAAGUCUGGAAAAAGACAGAAUAAUAAUCAUGGCCAUAUGAAUUUACGUGGGCAUGGAAAUGGUAAGAGACGAUAUAAUAGUCGUCAUCGGGGUGGUCAUGGAAAACGAGAGAACAAAUAUGGGUUCUCAAAAUAA